UAUUGCCUAAAAUCAUAGCGUUGUGCAUCUCCCUACUCAUCUUUGUCUAUACUUUGCAAGGAUACCAUACGUAAUACGUAAUUUUGGUUGGAUAUGUGAGAAAUGAGAAACUUGUUUCUCUAUUUGCAUUUAUCCUUCACAAGUAGAAAUGGAUGUAACUGAGCCCAAGAUUGUCUUUGUUGAGGGCCGACGAUAUCGGGUGUUUGAAAGUGAGGCGUGGUCGAAGGAUCGUGGACGAUCUACGUAUGAUGAAGAAUCUUAUGAGCCUGGUGAUGAUAGCGUUAUUGAUGAAUGUAAUGACGAGCAGAUUGUCAUAGUACCGACAUCAGAUGGACAUUUUAAACAUGAGUUUUACGUGCCCAAACCCUAUUUCCCAUUUAUCAUUGGUGUGAAACAUGCGACGCGCAAAAAGUUUGAAUCUGAUACUGCAACUUCUAUAUCAAUACCAAAACUGGGUUAUGAUGGAAAUAUAGUAAUAAGAGGUCGCAGUCGACGGGGAAUCAUCAGCGCGAGAAGACGAAUCGAUCUUUUAAUAGAAUCAAGCACAAAAUCAUUGCCUGUAACCCAUUUCUUGUCAAUACCAAUGUUUGGGGAUUCCAUACGUCAGAACUUCAAUGCUUUCAAGGAAGAUGUUCUUAGGAAUAGUAAAACAAAUGCAGUAGGGGUGGAUGAGGAUAUUUUUCAACGGCCGCAUUUAUUGCAUCUUACUUUAGUCUGUCUCAUUCUGUUGGAUGAAAAGGAACAUAAACAAGCAAUUGAAACAUUUAACGCAUGUGAGACAGAAAUUGUUAGACCUUUCCUCCGUGAAAAUGGACCGAUUUCCAUCAAGUUACAAGGAGUUGAAUGUAUGAAUGACGAUCCGUCUGAUGUAAACGUUUUAUAUACAAAAAUACAAACAAAAGAUGACAAUCUGAACAAAUUAGUUGAUGAAAUUUAUGAAUAUUUUUAUCAGACAGGGUUAACACGCAGGGAAUACAAAACUAUUAAACUUCAUAUGACUAUAAUGAAUUCAGCAUUCAAAUUUAAAGGUGAAACACAACCAAGUUACAAGAAGCGAAAAUCGUUUGAUGCAACUGAGAUCAUAAAGGCUCACAAAGAUACAUAUUUUGGUGAAGUUAAUUUAGAAAGCAUUCAUCUUUCACAACGUGGCACAUCAACUGAGGAUCAUUACUAUCGAGCGAGUGCCGAGAUGAAUCUCAAAGACUGUUACUGAUCUAUGCACAGACAUAAUUUUUGUAAUUUCGCUAUAGUAUACAGUUAUACAUACAUUAGUUUCAAUGUAAAAUAACUUACAAUAAAUUCCGCAAAGAUUAA